CUCAUCACCGCCCAUGAUGGAAUCACUUCGUCGUGACGCAUAGUUACAUUUCUCGUUUUCGGCCAAUAGCUGUACUUCGUAUUUUUAACCAAUCACAGCAUCUCGGGUUCACGACCAAUGACAUCGAGUACUAACUGCUCUGCAAAGAUUAGGCACCUAUUGAAAACUUACUAUAUAAUGGUCAGUCCCUCCAAGAUCAAAAUGUCCUUCUUCGUUCAUCAGCCUCUUCCUCACUGUACUUCACCAUCGCCUCUUCUUCCGCGGAUUCUGUAUCGAACUUAGAUAUUAUGGGCAAUUCUCAGGACCAACAGACAGCUGCCUCCUCGGCAGGCUUCGACGUCUAUCAUAAACAUGGAUCCAGUGUCCGAGUCAACUCUGAAGUACUCCUCCAAACAGAGCUGAAGAGCGUUCAUCCAUCCGAUACUGUCACCUGGGUCGAAGCCGAAGAUUGUGAUUUCGUUGGCUUUGCAGAGGCUGGUCACGCCAAAGCUCGCCUUCACGAUGGAGAGCGUACCUACACAGCUAUCCGCAAAUACCAGGUCCCUUUGCGUUCUUUGGAUGAGCCACAGGGGUCGGUCGCUGAUAACAUCCUCUUCGCUUGCUGGGACUACGAAUGGAGUGGCCGAUGGUUGACAUGUUAUAAAUUCAGAUGGGUCGACAAUGGAUGGCAGGUUCGAGAGUACUAUGCCAUUGUCACCGAGAAGGGUGAUCUCAAGGAUGGCCGCUGUUCGUUCGCCGAGGAUCUCAUCAAGACAUGUGGAACGUGGACGCAAAAACUUCAUGAUGAAGUCUAUGUCUACGAAGACGGCAAUUGGGAGAAAAACAAGGCUCUUUUCAAUGCAGUCAGCAAAGCAUCCUGGGACGACGUCAUCAUCAAUCCCGCCAUGAAGAGCAACCUUAUCAAGGACAUUGACUCCUUCUUCAACGCAAGAUCGACCUACCUGGAGUACAACAUCCCCUGGAAGCGCGGUGUCAUUUUCCACGGUCCGCCUGGGUGCGGCAAGACCAUCUCCAUCAAAGCUCUCAUGAACACAGUUCGGCAAAAAGGUGUCUCAAAUCUCUACGUAAAGAGUUUCAAAGCUUCAGGUUGUCAAAGCGAUCAAGCCAGCAUCCGCGAGAUCUUCACCAAAGCCCGCGCAGUGGCACCCGCAUUGCUCAUCUUCGAGGAUCUCGACAGCUUGAUCACAGACGAGCUUCGCUCCUUCUUUCUCAAUGAAGUCGAUGGUGUCGAGGACAAUGAUGGUCUUUGUAUCAUUGGCUCUACCAAUCAUCUCGACAGGAUUGACACCAGUAUUACUAAACGACCUUCGAGAUUUGACAGGAAGUACCAUUUCAAGGCUCCUGCUGAACAGGAGCGUUUGUUGUACUGUCGAUACUGGCAGAAGAAGUUGCAGUCGACUCCAGCUAUCAACUUCACUGACGAAGUUUGUCAAGCUGUGGCGGAGGCGACAGAGGGCUUCACAUUUGCAUACCUGAAAGAACUUUUCGUGCAGACACUGUUGAUGCAUGUCGGUGGACACGCUGACUUGGCUGUCGACUACGAGACUACAGCUGCUCCGGAAGGUCGUGACAAGUCCGAGAAGGAGGAUGAGGUGUCUACCGUGCUCUCCACAAGUCUGGAAGCAAACACCUUUUACCAGACACUCCGCAAGCAGAUGGAGACUCUUGCCGAAGACCUAGAGGUAGAGAAUCGUAAAGAUGAUGGUGAUGAACAUCACCCGGAAGACCAAGUGGAGAGGAAGAGUGAGCCAGGAAAGGACAUGAUUGGUGGAGAUGACGACCAAGAGUAAGCCAUAGAUGUCUCCUGUCAAUAGACUGACAGAUGACGACAAUGAUAUCUGCCGCGCUCGUUCUUCCUCACUUUGAUCGGGUGCAGACCUUUUCGCUCAGACUGAUGAGCGCAGGGCAUUGAGUCGAAAAGUCCGUGAAGCCUGUUGGAUUCGCUGACGGAUGCGAGUAGAUCAGGUAGCGCAGAUGACCAUUCAGUCAUGCGGUGCCCUCGAGCAGGAUCCACAAAAAGUUCUUCUGGUUGAUAGAAACUCAAAUUCGUAGCUUCAAAGACAGAUCGCUGUAUAUCCCAAGCCAGAAUCUCGUAUUGAUGGUCUCGA